AUGGACGUUUAUUUUAAAUUAUUUUAUUUUAAUGUGACGCGCCUUCUUCUCUACCAACAUCAGAAAACGAAAAUAAAAGCACAACAUAUGCACUUGAAGAAGGAUGCAGAAGCUGUAAAGGUGAACGUCAACUACUUUCCUUCACAUCUCUCAAAGGGGAAGAAAGAAAACAAUUGUACGUCCACUUUGAAUUAUACAAUGAGUUCAAAGGAGUCGAAACCAUCCGGAAAGCGUGCGUUAUCUCUAGACGAUUUGGUCAACCAUGAUGACAAUGACAAAGUAAAACUUCAGAAACUAGGCUCUGAUAUUAAAGAAGAUGAUAAUAAUAAUAAUAAUAAUAAUAAUAAUAAUAAUACCACUAUAAAUGGGCCCGCCACUGGAUCCAUUGACUUGUUAAACUCUACUACUAAUACUAGUAGCGUUAUGGAAAUCAGCAAUCCUCAACCAAAAGGUGAAAUUAUUACUACUAAACAGCGUGGUGAUGAGAUAUCUCCAAGAUUACCGCCAGCUGAAACCAUUGACCAUCAUCAAGAUAAUAACAAAUUGAAAUCAAGAACCCUUUCACAAAUGAUGGAAGAUGGAGAAGAUGAAACUGACACCGAUGAUGAUGUUGUAGGAAAUGGAGAAAUCAAAUUUGAUUCCCCUAUGGCUUUUGAUUACGAGAAGCAAGAUAGGUCAUCACCUUUGAAAACCUCUCCUGGUCCAAAAAAACUGGUAUCUACAUUAAAGAAAGAAGCUGAUUUAAAACCAAAGGAAUCCUUGGAGAAGAAACUUGACGAGUCUAAAAAAACUGAAGGAACUAACAAUAAAGUUGAAAAGUCCAAUGUAGAAGAACCUAUAUCCGCUUUAAAUAAUGAGAAAACAUCAUCCAAAGCAGAAAAGAUAGAUAAUAUAUUUGAAGAAAAGGCUUCAUUACAAUCUAAGAAAAAUAAUGUUAAGAAAGAUCUUCAGGUAUUGAACGAAAUUCGUUCCGUAUCAAGACCAAGUAAAUAUAAAAAUGCCCCCAUUUGGGCUCAAAAAUGGAAACCAACAGUAAAAGCGUUACAGAAUAUAGAUACUAAAGAUUUUAAAAUUGAUUCGUCUUUCUUAAAUAUUAUUCCAGAUGAUGAUUUAACUAAAUCGGUUCAAGAUUGGGUCUAUGCCACUAUACAUUCUAUUGCACCCGAUUUAAGACCGUUUAUUGAAUUGGAAAUGAAAUUUGGGGUUAUUAUAGAUGCUAAGGGACCAGAUCGUGUAUCACCCCCAAUAUCAUCUCAGGCAAUCUUUACAGAUAUGGAUUCACAUUUGACUCCUAAUGUCGAUGAAUCAUUAUUUAAAGAAUUGAAUAAAUAUAUUCAAGGUGUUAGUGAAUUAAAUGAAAAUUCAGGAAAGUUCAGUAUAAUUGAAUCUCAUACGAGAGAUUCGGUGUACAGAGUUGGGCUCUCAACUCAAAGACCGAGGUUUUUAAGAAUGAGUACAGAUGUUAAGACUGGACGUGUGGGGCAAUUUAUAGAGAAGAGACAUGUAGCACAAUUAUUAUUAUUUUCACCAAAGGAUAGUUAUGAUGGCAAGAUUUCUAUCAAUUUAGAACUUCCCGUACCGGAAAAUGACCCGCCAGAAAAAUAUUUAUCUCAAAGUCCAGUGAGUCAGAGAACCAAAGAACGUAUUAGUUAUAUUCAUAAUGAUUCAUGUACAAGGAUCGAUAUUACGAAGGUGCAUAAUCAUAAUCAAGGAGUGAAGGCGAAGGAUGUGGAAGUAACGCAUGAAAUUGAAUUAGAAAUAAAUACACCUGCCUUAUUGAGCGCAUUUGAUAAUAUUUUAAAUGAUAGUAAAGAAUAUGCUUCUGUCAUUAGAACAUUCCUGAACAAUAGUACGAUUAUACGUAGAAAAUUAACGUCCUUAUCCUAUGAGAUAUUUGAGGGCCAAAAGAAAAUUUAA